UGGUCGAGGCCGCCAUUUUGGGAGAAUAGGGCCGAGAGACGCAGAGCAGAAUUAGGCUUAUUUAUAUUUACGGGAAAGGGCGAUCUUUUCAGCAUUCUAGAUUUUGACUCGUGGAAUAUGAAAUAAGUUGUAACCAAGCAUUCAACACUUCCAGGAGGUAUUCAGGUGGACUUAUAAAGGCAACAUGGUUGUAGAGGGAAACCGUGGCAUGCCUUCCACAGGAAUGACCUCAAAGGAGCUGGCAGAAAAUGAUGACCUGGCCACAAGUUUGGUCUUGGACUCCUACCUAGGUUUCCCAACACACAAGAUGAACACCAGAUUCCGUCCAAUAAAGAAGCAGGAAGAGUUGAAGUCUGUUGUGCAAAAUUUCAUGGUGGAACAGAAUUAUGAGAAAACUUUUAAAACAUUUACAGAAAUGAUAGAAAAGACAAGGAAUUGCUUUUUAUCAAAGUCCAAAUCACAGCAGGAAACCUUCAAAGAGCAUGUGUUUCGAUAUUUGAGGAUGUUUGAUCAAAAUGCAGGCUUUGAAGUGUUGCCUUGUUAUCGCUAUUCCAUGGAGGGGCAAGUGGGUGGGAAGAUCUGUGCUACAAGAAUGUGGAAAAGUGGAGAAAAGAUCUCAAUGCUGGUGGGCUGUAUUGCUGAGCUGACAGAGGACGAGGAAGAUGACUUGCUUAGACCAGGCGUCAAUGACUUCAGUGUUAUGUACUCAUGUAGAAAAAACUGCGCCCAGCUGUGGCUUGGUCCAGCUGCCUUUAUCAACCAUGAUUGCCGGCCAAAUUGCAAGUUUGUGUCAACUGGAAGAGAUACUGCUUGUGUGAAAGUUUUAAGGGAUAUUGCCCCAUCAGAAGAGAUCACCUGUUACUAUGGAGAAGACUUUUUUGGUGAUAACAACUCCCUUUGUGAAUGUGAAACAUGUGAAAGACGGAAGUUGGGAGCUUUCCGGCCGAAGAAUCCCCCUGGGAGUCCAGAGCUAGACGGGUACAAACUGAGAGACACAGAUGACAGACUAAGUCGAUUAAAGGCAAAGGCAGCAAACAAUAAAAAUGGAGCUUUAUCGUUCUCAACCUCUUUACAUCCUGCAUAUGAAAAUUGGGAUUCUAGAGACAACAACUUACAAAAACAGGCACAUUUGUUAAAAGCAGCAGAGUUGAAGAGGCGUGGCAUAACCCGUUACGAUGCUGAAAUUUUACUGUCACAAGGCCUUAAACUGCCAGAGCCAAAAGUUGUCCUUGGUAGAAAGUUGCCACCCUCAAUACAUCGACAUCACACUGUGAAAGUAAAAGAAAAUGACGAAAUAUCUCUGACAGAUCGCUCGCCGGCUAAGAGUACACGAUCUGCUAUUAGUUAUGGGAAAUGUGCCAAACAGGCCUUAAGCUUCAGUCGUAGAAGAAGUAUGAAAUCUACAACAUCACGGGUCUCUAAGAAAACUAUGUCCCAGGACCCUCCAACACAUUCUAAGGUUAGAUGUGAACAGGAAGGAUCAGUAGACAGUGAUCAGGCACCUGUUGUGUCUCAGAAUGUAAAAGAGACACUGUCAGAUUCCCUGCAUAUAGAGAGCCCAACUACGAGUGAAAAAGGCGCUGCUGGCAGUAAGCCUUGUGUGGGUUCUGCGGGAAAACUGGCUGACCCUCCAGCCAGGGUUAGUCCCAGGACGCGUAGUAAACAGAAUGGCAUGGACAGCUCUCUACUGGGAAUAUUGACCUCUAGUGUUCAUGCCAAUCAGGAAACAAAGGCUCAAAGUGGCAGCACUCCAGCUAAUCCUGCUAUGUGCAUGACUCAAAAUUUAGUGUGUAAAAGUGAGACAGCGACCUCAAUUGCUCCCUCUUUGGCAAAGUUGCAGGGCGAAACGGAAGUUUUAUCAGAACACUGUGAUAGCAUAGCAAAGCCGGAGGACAGACUGGUAGAAACCGGGGCUAUGGAGACAUCUCAUCAGUCUUAUGUUUUAGAUUUAAGCUGUCCCCAGUCUUCACAAUCCCCGAGCCAUCCUCAAUCAGUCCAUAAACAGGACACUCCUGCUGAAACAAACUGUGAUUGUCUGACUCCACCAAAGAUUAAACCCAACAACAAACGCAAGUUCAAAGAUGUCAUUUAUGCCAGCACAUUACACCAUGAUUCCAAUCUCAAAGUCCCAAAGAUAACUAUUCGAAUGACAAGAGAAGUGGAGAAUGAAGAAAUGAACAGUGUAGUGAACGACAUGAUGAAAGAUGAGCCAAAGAAGAACGACCUUUUCCUCAGUAUGGAUGACACAGACAGCCAGGGUUGGGAAAGCAGUCAUUCAAGGUCACCUCAUAAGAAAAAGAAAAAAUCAAAGAAAGACAUUCGACAUAGUAAAAGUGGGAUCAUCAAACUGGAAGAUAAUGAUGACAACAUGAUACACAUUGAACCUCAGAAUUUGUAUUCAUCUGUCCAGUGCAACAACAACAAUAACAAUAGUAUUGACAGUGACACAACACCAUGUGUGAAGAGACUUCGGUUAAAGUUUGGAGGAAACUCUAUAGCUAUCACUUUGCCUUCAGUUCAAGACCAGAUAUGAACUCCUUGUAUCUCUUCCAAGAAUAACUGUUUCAGGACCUGGCACAGUGCAAUUUUAACAAUUUUAGCAGAUGGGUGAUGCGAACUGAGUUGCUUGUGUUUAUAUGUAUUAUCACAUGCACAUAUAUGCUGUUAAAACCAGGUAGAUGAGUUGUGGGCCAUGUAUACGUGAACUGUUGAGUUUAUAGUAAAUCCUGGUUUCUUAUAUUCAGAAAUACUUAUUUAAAUGAAGUGCUAUUUAUGACCUCUGAGAUGUUAACCUCAUAAAGUGAAGUAUUUUUGUCCCUAGGAUCAUCCUUAACUCAUUCUCUUCUUAUCUUUAGCUCACAAUAGUACUUUCUUGUUAACAUUAUUAGUUCUGAAGUUUUCAGGAUGUUGUUUUGUUUUAAACUUCUGUUAAAGUUUCUAGGUGUUAUGUUAUCAUGUUUGCAACAGGCCCAGACAGUGUGCAUGUAGGUUAUUCUACACAUUCCAUUAAUGCUAUCAGGUUAGCAUCAAGAUUACUGAUGCCACGAAGGCAUGACUAUAAUGGAACUUCUGGAACUGUAGAAAUAAUGCUUCUGAAUUUACUUUUGCUGUUAGAAAGGAACAUCACAAUAUCACAAUUUCUAAAGCCGUAAAAAAAAAACACAUACUGGUGCAUUAAAAUUAACUGUUUUGCAAGUAAAAACUUUCUACACUAAUCUGACCUCUUUCCAAGUAAGAAUACAGCUCUAAGUAUGGAAUUUCCACCUAGGGCGAAUUCUUUCUGCACACAACAUAUUUAUGACAAGUGAUGUCUUCGCAGUGAAAACCCUUUGUGAAUUUACCAAACCAGCAAUUGACACAUUUCAGCAUACUGAGAGGACAACUUGAGAUGGGUCAGUCUCGCAGUGUGACGUCAGGUGUCUUCAUUCUGACUUCGAAUCAUGAGAAAAAAGAUGUCACCAAUGUUUAUGGCUAUCAUGUGUUGUUUUUAUGAAAACAGGUGUUUGAUAAUAGUGUUCAUUGUGUGUGUUCAUGUGCAGAAGAGGGUGUGGUUGAGUUUCCAUGACUGCUUUAAUCAGCAGAUGAAAUCAUGUUUGCUUUCCAAAUUAACCAUGUCAUUUUUGAAUGCUGAUUUUAUCUACAUGUGAUCGAUUGCAACAUUUCAAAAAUGAAAUUUCAAAUUCAAAGCGAUUUUUUUCUUACCAAUGUAAAAGUUCUUACUGUUUUAACAUGACAAAAACAGGUUUUAAGGUAUGUCUUUUAUUAUUUUUAAAAAUACAUGUACUUGUUGCAGUACUUUCAUCAUGGUUCAACAAUUUCAGUAAUUUUCUAAACUGGUGUAAAAGAGUUAUAAUGAUGUAUGGAAUUGUGGACCAUUUUAUGACAGAUCAAGUCCUGAAAGAGUAAUUCAGAUGUUUUUUUUAUUUUUAGAAAUACAUGUACUUGUUACAGUACUUUCAUCAUGGUUCAAAAAUUUCAGUAAUUUUACUGGUGUAAAAGUGUUAUAAUAAUGCAUGGAAUUAUGGACCAUUUUAUGACAGAUGUUCAGAUGAUUAGUUUUAUCAAAUAUGGUUUUAGAAACACCAAUUUCAGUUGCUACAUCAUAUUGUGCAUUCAUCUACAGUUCAGGUUAGACACUGUAUGUCUCCAUGCCCUGAUUUUUUCAAGCUAAGUUUUGUUUUAGCCAACUAUUGAGCCAAUUCGUACAUGUAUCAUCCAGGUUUUACUUGUUGUUCAAGCAACAUCUAUGAAGGACACAAAUAUCUGUGUCUCUUGAAACCAUCUUAGUUUGUAAAAGUGCGAAAGCACACAUGAUUUAUAGGAUUUUGUUAAAAAGCUACUUUUUUCUGUAGGGAAAAGUGAUACAUAUACAUGGAAAGGCCGUCUUAACCCUUAGUCUGCUUGUGUGGUCAAGAAAGUACUGUAUUUGAUCUAAAAAUCAACUGUAGAGGCAUACUGUAUUUGAUCUAAAAAUCAACUGUAGAAGCAAAUAAAGGUAAUGACAUACUACUUUUAGUGCUGAAAGUUAGAUUUUGCCAUAGGGUAUCAUCCUACCUUUCAUACAAACCUUAAAACAGAUUUUAAGAUCAUUAGAGCCCUCAGAAUAGGGCAAAAUGUGUGACUCAGUCAUGGACGAAAUUUUAGGUCAAAUCAGUAUCUUUUAAUUGUUUGUUGUUUUAAAGAAGCAUUUUGUUUCCAGGACAAGCUGAAAGGGAUGAUUUCAUCACUACAUAGCCUUUUUUUAAAAAAGCAUCAGGUUAAAAUGUGCCACAAAAUAAUCUGAAAUGAUAUGAAGCAAUAGUAACAAACACCAGCUUUCAAAAUACUACAUAUUUAUGGCUUUAUUUCUCUAAGCCAUAAUAAUGUAUGUAAUCUCUAAAUGAACAAAGAGCGGACUAGGUGAAAAAAAAAAGCUUUCGCAGCGUUACUUGUCCAUACUUGCUUCCUGGUUUAAUUAAAGACUAGCUCUUGUUGUGUAUACGCACAUACUUAGCCUGCUUCACUGGUCUCUCUUCUCAAUUAAUCGCACAUAAAAUGAUAAUUUUAUCUGAGGAAGGGUCAUGUUUCAUUUGUGGUUGUGUCACAUCCUUUGGGGUCUUAAAUUGAGGUAUUGGUUGGCGUCUGUCGCAGACCAAUAUAUUUGUAUUUGUUGAAUUUGUUUUAAAAGAUACAAUAAAAUACA